GUAGUAAAAGAGGAGGCUUUCAAAAAAGUGCCUGAUUUUCAUCUCAAAUAAAGGGCGAGGGACUGAAUGAAAGAAAUCCUUGCUCUUACAAAAAAAGCCAUUUUUAUCACCAGUCUCCAAUUGUGAUCCUGUGCGUGGAUGUGAAAGUUGUAUCUGCCUUACUACAGGGAAGUGAUACCUGGGACAGCAGUGAUGAGAGAAGAGCUGAAUCAUCUUCGUUUGUAAAGGAAUCAGAGGUUGGUUUCCUGGAAGCUCUCGGAGCACUAAGGUUUGCCUAAGUGGAACAUUUGUACAAUUAAAGGAAAAUUUACCACUGGUGUGCAAUCAUGAUGCAAAUAUCAGACACCUACAACCAGAAGCAUUCCCUGUUCAAUGCCAUGAACAGAUUCAUUGGAGCUGUGAAUAAUAUGGACCAGACUGUGAUGGUCCCCAGCUUGCUGAGGGAUGUGCCUCUCAAUAUGGAAGUGAAAGAUGAGGUUCACAACACAAAUGGGGCCACAAAUUAUUUCUCGCGGACAGACAUGCACGGCUAUUAUAUCCUGCUCAAGUCCAUUAGGAAUGAUAUAGAGUGGGGGGUCGUACAGGGAGAGGACAGGAAAAAGGACAAACUCUCCAACAUGGAAAUCAGCAGGCUGGAGGAUGGAGACGGGGAGGAGGACCUGGAAAAGCAGUUCCACUAUCACCUGAGUGGACUCCACACAGUCCUUAACAAACUCACCAGAAAAGCCCAUGUUCUUACUAACAGAUAUAAAGAAGAAAUUGGCUUUGGCAGUUGGGGACAUUGAUGAUUGUGGCCUUUUGUUUUUGUACCUGUUUUAUUAAUAUUAUUUUAUUGUAUUUUCUGGGGUAUAUGGAAUAGUUUUCUUUUUCAUUUUUGUAUGCCAUUUUGUGCUGCAGACCAUUGCAUAAAGGGCUCAGGGGGAUUUGCCUAGACUGGAAGAAUAGGUUUUAUGACAUAGAGCACUACUGUACUGUCUCAAUUCACUGUUAUAAUUAAUUUAACAGGCAGUUGGCAGCUACUGAAAGUAAGCAAUUUGCAAUGAGAAGACUAAUUGUUUGAAAGAGGAAAGGUCUGACAUUUUGCAUAGCAGUUUAUAUUCACUUUGCAAAAGCAUAGAGUAUCAUAAAAUAUUAGAACAUGAUCUCCUGUAACAUAAGGCUAUGAUUAUCCUGUGUAACCAGAUGACACCCUUUCUAGCACCGUUGCUGCUAAACCACAAGAAUGAAAAAUAGCCUGAACAGCAGUGCAAAGUAUAACUUCUUUAUUAAUCCUGUUUUAUGCAAACUGCAUGCAAACUGCAUUUGCUGAUGUGCUUGAUGUACAAAUCUGGCAGCCUUUUAUAAUGAGUAUAGUUAAGGAUAACAUAUUAGUCUUUUGCCAAAGUUAAAUACAGAAAAGGUAACUAUGGUAUAAAUAUGUAUAGGAUGAUGCUAAGAUAUUUUUUUUCUGCCACUAGAAGAGACGGCGAAUGCUGCAUGGGUGUAUAGUAAAGACGGGGUGUGGUAAUCAUGGCAAUUCUAGUGCAGAUUGCAUCACUCUGUUCCUGGUUUGCACUACUUUUUUUUUUAAAUAAAAGACUGUGUACAUAUGUGCUGCAUAUUUUGCACUAUCAUAGGAAAUUUUUAUAUUUUUGCUUUGCCUGAGACCAUGAUUAGCAGGUGCAAUACUGUUAUAGUUUCCUUAUUAAAUGCACUGGAUACACGUUCCUUUGUGUGAUCCAGGGCAGACAUCUUUUAUUGUCUUACAUGGUCUGUGAUGAUUUAGCAAAAUCCGAAUCCAAGGACGCAGCUGAGGCUAAUAUUAAGCCAAUGACCACGAAUUUCAUCAUGCUGGAACUAAAUGAUACAUCUGUUCCAAUAAGGUGUUGAAAGGGUUCCUUAUGUUACGUAAAAUAAAAAAAUGUAUGUAUGAUAUUUUAAUAAACUAAACAAAUGUGCAAUAACUAAAAA